AUGGAGCAACAGUACGGCAACGGCGGCUACAACCAGAUCGGCUACGGCGCGAAUCCCUACGACCAGCGGGAGGAAGGACCUGCGGGCGGGCGCUACAACAACUUCGCUCAGGGCCGAUAUGACGACCCGAGCGCAAUGGAGAUGCAGCCCUACGGCCAGCAGGGAGGCGGCGCAGACCCCAAUGCCAUCCUGAACGAAUGCCGCGAAGUCGACCGCGCGCUCGACCAGAUCGACGGACAACUCGACAACCUGGAGCGGACCUUCAAGAUGGUGCUGGCGCGGCCAGACAUGCCCUCGGGCGAGAUCACCAACCUCAGCUCCCAGAUCAUGACGGGCUACCGAGCCCUCGUCACGCGCGUCAAGAACAUCAAGUCCAAGCCCGAGUCUGGAAACCCCAGGAACGCACCACAGGUCGGGAAGGUGGACCGCAGGUUGAAGGCGACCAUCAACAGGUACCAGAACCUCGAGGCGGACUUCCGGCGGGAUUCCCAGGCGGCUGCCGAGCGACAGUACCGGAUUGUCCGACCAGAUGCCACCGAUGCGGAAGUCCGAGAGGCAGUUGAGGACCCUGAGGCUCCCAUCUUCCAACAAGCUCUCCUGAGCUCCGAUCGCCGCGGCCAAGCAUCGUCAACCCUCCGCAAUGUCAAAGAGCGACACGAGGCUAUUCAGAAAAUCGAGCGCCAGAUGGUGGAGCUCGCACAGCUCUUCCAGGACCUCGACCAGAUCGUCAUGCAGCAGGAGCCGCUUGUGGAGAACAUCGAGCAGAAGGGCGAGGAGAUCCACGACAACGUCGUCCAGGCCAACACCGAGAUUGGUGGCGCCAUCGAAAAGGCACGGAGCGCCCGCCGCAAGAAAUGGUGGUGCUUGCUCAUCUGCGUGCUUAUCAUCAUCGUCAUCGCGGUUAUCGUGGCCAUUGUGGUCACCAUCAACAAGAACAAAUAA